AUGAUGGAUAACAAAACAUUCCAUAAAGACUUCAACAUUUUAGCAUUUUCUACUAACAGUGAGAAGCACCACCUUUUCAUUGUCUUCUUGCUGAUCUACUUAACUGGAAUACUUGGAAAUCUUAUCAUUAUUGCAGUGAUUUUAAUGGAUUCUCACUUACAUACCCCAAUGUAUUUUUUUCUUUGCAACUUGUCUUUUGUAGACAUUUGUUACACCACAGUUACUCUUCCUAAACUGAUGGAUAUUUUACUGACUGGAAACAAUUCAAUGUCCUUCAUUGACUGCUUCACUCAGCUGUACUUCUUCAUUUUUAUUGGUAGCAUAGAGGUCCUUUUAUUGUCUUCUAUGGCUUAUGAGCGUUAUAUUGCUAUCUGUAACCCUUUACAAUACCACCUUAUUAUGCAUAAGAAAAAGCUUGUCCUGCUUUUGGUAGGCAUAUGGAUAUAUGGAUGCGGAAAUUCAAUGUUUGUUACCAUAGUUGCUUCCAAUUUAAAUCUGUGUCAUUCAAAUACAAUUCAGCAGUUUUUCUGCAAUGUUAAGGCUCUGGCAAACAUCUCUUGUUCUGAACAAGGAUUUAACAUUAUAAUUUAUGUUGAGACAUUGCUUCUUGGACUCAGUCCACUGUUGCUAAGUUUAACUUCGUAUGCCAAAAUCUUAAAAAUUAUCGUUCACAUUAAGUCUGAUAGUGGGAGAAAGCAAACCUUUUCCACUUGCACAUCCCAUCUAAUUGUACUUUUUCUUUUCUAUGGCACUAUUCUUUGCAUGUAUAUGAGACCACCUUCAAAACAUACAGAUGUUUUGGACCAGAUGUUCUCAGUAUUAUAUGCUGCUGUUGCACCCAUGCUAAAUCCACUGAUAUAUAGUCUAAGGAACAAAGAGGUAAAAAGUGCUAUGAUGAGAAUUGUCACAAUGAAAAACUAG